GUACACAUAUUUCCGUUUCCAUUGAACGAAAACUGACGUAAAAGAUGGCUCAAUGCAAUCCCUCGUACUGAUUAAGUGGUUACAAAAAACACCAGAGUAUGCAAUUUGCACUUUGCUGAGGACAGCAUCAUUUGGGAAUCCACCUUCCAUGACGAAAAGACAGGACAUAUCAAGCAGAAGCCGAGAUGAGAAAUUGAGGGACAAGGAACAAGAACAACUACUUAAAGCACUGCAAACUAGCAUUGAUGAUUAUUCCUCCUAUCAAAAAUCAACUUGUUUUCAAAAUUAUUCAGACUUUCUCACAGUUUUCAGUUCAUGGCAAUGUCCAUAUGGAUGGCAUAAAAUUGUUCAGGAUAAAGUUACUUUGUGUAAGUUAGAAUAUAAACCAGCACCCAUCAUAACUCACUCUGUAAUUGUUGAUAAAGAUCUCAAUGUAAAAACGUAUAUGUACUCCCAAGAAUUGUUACUCAACUCAGGUAAUAUUAAAACUCCAUUUAUAUUAUCUAAUAUACACCAUUUGGAUGAUGUUCUGCAUGUUCUUUCUGAGAAUGCAGAUGCUUCAAAGGAAUAUUCAGGUAAAGACCAGUUCAGAGCCAGUAUCAACCAUGCUUACAAUAUUUUAAAUAGCACAGAACUAUUCACCGAUGAAGAGACCCACACUGUCAUUCAAUUUAUUUGUGAGUAA